AUGGCGUCCCUUACCUCACCCAUGGAAGAAAUGUCUCGGAACCCCAAUCGCAUUAACCUGGGCCGGAUUGGCUUACUCUUCAACAACGACACGAUUUCACUUUCACAGAUAUCUGAACCUCACCAGGAGCUUGAUGUGUGGAAUGGCAUAAUAACAUCAUCGUUCAAAGUUGACGGAAAGGAUGUGAAAGUUGUCACGCAAGGCGAUUUUGACUCGGACUCUGUGGCUUUCCAGGUUGAGUCUGACCUUGUCAAAUCGGGGGCACUCAGUGUUUACUUCGACUUCCCUUAUCCUCCGGUACAUACCACAAAGUACAAAUUCGAGGUCUUUGUCGGGUCCUACGACUUCCCAUCCAACCAUACAACUAGCCUAAGCAGAGGAUGUCGGUCCGGUGAUAGAGCGCAUAUCCUACAUCGGCUCCCAGCCACAAGCUAUCACGUCAACCUCCGCUGGCCAGCAGAAGCCCGUCUCCAGCUCUCUGCGAGCAAGUAUCACGGUACUAGUGAUCUCGCCGCUCAUCGAUUCAUGCUUUCGCCAGUAUCUACAAGUACCAAGAUGAGCUUCACCGCUCAAUAUUCCCCAGAUAAGAGGAUAGCAGACCUGCCGAGGGAUAUUCAGAAGCGCAAUUCUCUCGCUUGGAAUGACUACUGGACUGAUGGCGGGUUCAUCGACUUGAGAUCAUCAACAAACCCCAACGCGGACGAGCUGCAACGGCGUAUCAUCCUCUCGCAGUAUCAUGUGCGAGUGAACAGUGCUGCGACAGGUCAGUCACCGCAGGAGAGCGGCCUCAUGAAUAAUGGCUGGUACGGGAAAUUUCACAUGGAAAUGCUAGUUUGGCACCACGCUCAUUGGUCUACAUGGGGUCGUGAGAGAUACUUCAAUAGAAUAUUCCCAUCCUUGUACGAGUCGAUGCUUCCUUCAUCCACCGAAAGAGCUACAUAUAUGGGCUGGAGCGGUGCGAGGUGGCCCAAAAUGACGGAAUUGGUGACCAAGCAUAGCUCACCUGGUGGCAUUAAUGCAUUCUUGAAUUGGCAACAGCCACACACCAUGUACCUCGCGGAGCUGUCCUAUCAAGCUUCUCCGGGCAUCACUACACUGCAAAGAUGGGAUAAGGUCUUGACAGCGGCGGCCGAUUACAUGGCAUCGUAUGCAUGGAGAAACGAGACUUCUGGACACUACGACCUCGGACCACCAGCGAUAGGUGUCACGGAAAACACUCCAGUAAAGGAAAGCCUUAAUCUGGGAUACGAGGCAUGUUCUCACCACGUUGCGUAUUGGAAAUAUGGUCUCGACAUUGCCUCUGAGUGGAAGAAACGCCUUGGUCAGCCUAUUCCGGAACAAUGGCUGCGAGUUUCGCGAGAUAUGGCGCCCCCUCCUAUCGCUGAUGAUGGUCUUUACACCGUAUACGAGGGUCUCGACAGUUCCUGGUGGAACGACGCAAAGCUGAUCAAGGACCCACGUAGCGUCAUCAUGCUGCGAGGUAUUCUCCCAGAUACCCCAGUGGUCGACCCCAAGAUAGCGCAGAAAACAGCAGACCGUGUCAUGGAGGUCUGGCAUGACGAGAAAAUCACUGGUUGGGGCCGCCCAGUAUUUGCAAUCAACUCAGCCAAGAUUGGAAACCCAGAACGAGCGAUCAAGCUCCUGACGCAAUAUGAGUACUGGUCAUUCGAUGAUGCCGGCAAGUCUCAUCUCUGUUUUGCCUCACGGUCUGAUGGUGGUCAGACACCUCCACCGUUUAUCCCGGGAAAUGCAGCCUUUCUCUACGCAAUUUCAUUCAUGACAGCGGGGUGGCAAGGCUGUCAAGAGGAGACGCCCGGUUUCCCCAAGGAUGGGACAUGGACUAUCAUUCAUGAGGACAUGAGACCUGCCCUAUAA